AGUAAUGCAUCGUGUCCUUCGGUCGCGCCGCCGCGGCGACGAUACCGCGCUCGUACCGGCGUCGGGAAAGCCAAAAACAGAUACACGCAGUCUCGCGGUUGGUGGAUACGCGUGGGUGAGGAUCGCCGCCUUUUAUCACGGAACUCGCCGAUGUGAACUACGCGUUAGCCCGUUUUCUGGCGUGCCAUCCCGAGGAGAGUGCAGAAAGAAAGGCACGCAGCACCGAAACGCUUCGCAGCACGACGCCAAGCAUUCCACUGGAGCCGACAAAACAGAGGCGACUCGGAACCCUCGAAGCUCAAGAGGAACAAGAGUCUUCGCACCCAAAACGGUGCCAUGGAGGUUGUCUACGAAGGAUGGCUUGUGAAAUCGCCGCCGGAGCGCAGGAUCCGACGUGCGAAAUGGAGGCGACGGUGGUUUGUCCUGCGACCAUCUGGCCAAGUCCCACAGCAGUAUGUCCUGGAGUACUACACAGACCAGACCUACAGGAAACUAAAAGGCACCAUUGAUCUUGACCAGUGUGACCAGGUUGAUGCUGAGCUGGAGGUGGUGACGAAGUCCAAGUACAUGUUUGACAUCAAGACGUCAAAGCGGACCUACUAUCUUGUGGCCGAAUCAGAAGCGAUCAUGAACAAGUGGGUGGACUGUAUCUGCAAGGUCUGCGGUCUACGCAUGCGGGUUGAAACAGAGGGAGCCUCAGAAGAAGCACAGGCUGAGCCAUCGUCAGAGCCUCCCAAGCAGUCUUUGCCAAGUGAUGAAAGUCCAACUCCUGCAGAGCCUGCGCCACUGCCACUCUCUGCAGCCGCUGAACAUCCAAGCAGCCUUUCAAACGAUGACUCCAAUCCAUAUAUUCCUAUCAGCGAAUGCAUUACUGGAAAGCCUGUCGGUAACGGGCUUCCACGAUCGUGUCCCGAGUCCCAACUGGUUGACUUUUACGACACCCCUCGAUGCAGCACAGGCCGAACGUCUCCAGAUCCCGUUAUGGAUGCCAUGUGCCGAAUGCCGCGACCUCCAGAGAAGCCCGUGCGGGAGCUGAGUGGUGCCAGUCUUCUAGACUCCACCGUACCAGCCCCUAAGGUCAACUGGAACACAUAUCCAAAAGACUCUUCACUGCCAGGAAUGCCUGCCUGUAGCCAAGCACUCAGCUAUGACCCAGUGCCUCCACUACGACCUACGAGCAGCCGGGAGAACGUCGUUGAGCCGGCUGCUUCUCAGAGCAGUAAUGUGUACAACGGGGAUACCCUUGGCAGGGCUGGCCUUACUCUGCGUAAAGCGGGGCGCGCAGGAAUGACUGUGCCUCCUGCACCACUUACCAGGCAGGACGCUACCGAAGAGUCCUACGACCGGCCACCUGCCACUCGGCCUUCUUCUGCCUCCCAAAAUGCAGGCAGUACGGCAGACAUCACGGGCGAUGAAGUCAUACCUCCUCGGCCACCAAAACCACCAAACAUCAGGGUCCGGCCGGUGGCCAGUGGUUACGACGUGCCUCCACCCCCCUCACAGCCACCACGAAUGUCGCAGCAGGACUCGUACGAUGUGCCACGUUCGGCUGGAGGAAUGCGCGAUGGUUACAGUGUUCCUCCGUGCCCGCUUCCUGUGCUGCGACAUGAGGCUUAUGACGUUCCUGCAGCACCAUCCAGGGGACCGUACGAGCUGUAUGACCUGCCGAGGUCAGCGGAGCCAGUGCCCAAAACAACAUCCGGGGGCAUCCCGCUUCCUCCACGCCUCUCGCUGGAUGAGACAUAUGACUUUCCAAAGUCCUCACUGAGUCCCGAUGGCUUGAACUUAUCAGUCCCUGCCCCAACAGCACCAGGUUCAAGGAAACAUGCGUAUUGCAAUGCUCCUGUAGGGACAUUCAGUAGCAGGGAAAACGUCUUCAACUAUGAGUACAGGCCAUCAUUCACAGAGUUUGUGGCAAAGGAUGACACAGAGGUGCAACAGAUGCCCUCUGGUGCCUAUGCCAAUGUGUCCUCUACUAGUCCGGGUACACCCAACCUCACUGCUGUGCCACCUGCCAUCAACCGUGGCCUGAAACCAAGAAAAGCCUCAACCGAAGGUACCUCACCAGGUGGCCAUGUGUUUCCCCUAGCUCCUCCUCCUGUGAACAGAAGCCGCAGCCACACGACUUCCAGCAGGCCAAGGCAGAGAAGUAAGGGUGACUUGCUAGCACCUGAUGAAGACAGCUGGUCAAAUGCAAGCAGCAGCCGGCGAAACUCCACAAACGAUGACCCGGGCAUAAGGCAACCCAGUGCCGGAGCAAAAAAGAAAGUAGAGAUCCAGUACCUUGACUUGGACUUAGACUCCGAUCCAGGGCCGACCCAGAGCCCAAGAUCACCAGAGCAACGCACCGGUGGUGGAACUGGCACUGUUUACAGAACAGUAGACUUUGUCAAGACCAAGGCCUUCAACACAACACGGCAGGACGUUGAAGAGUCCUAUCGCAGUCACAAGGACGGUGAACCGUGCAAGUGAAGCGUUAUUUUGCAGUGCAUUUGUUAGGGUGAAUUGUAGGCCGGCUGCAGUUCACAUUGACGCUUCUCAUCAAAGGUUGUAAAUACUGAAGGGAGCAGGCUGAAAAUGCGCGAUGAUAUCCACAGAACAAACGCAUCUAAAUGCCUCAAAGCUGCACCUUUUGGUGCAAUGACCACAUGACAGACAUUGCAGGCAAUGGGGUGUGCCAUAGAUAAACGUAGGGAUAGCUUGUUAUAAGUUUAGUGGUGGUUUGGUAUCCUGCCCCAAACAUUUCUUACUCUUGCUUUCCUGUUUAGGUUUCAUUCUUCGGUUUGUCAUCAAAGCAAAGGCCAUUUUGAUGUGAAGCAUGUUUAGCCGACACCAUCCUUGCUUGCCUACAUGGUCGGCUGCAUUUUGCCCAUGCUUACACAUUGGAGUGUAUUGAUCCGGCAUAAUAGUUAUGUGCAUAUCUGAUCAAGUGCUCGAUCUCUUUUUUCAGCAAUAGUGUGUUGUGACUUUCAAUCUACUUGGCCCUGUAUUUGCAUUUACUGUUAAGGUUGUGUUACCAUGAAGUUUCCAACCUGCCAUGAAAGGCAUGCAGAAGGAAAAAAGAUCUGUCAUGUUUUGGUUGCUGCAUUUUAUUUCCCUAGGGGAAGUUAAGUAGCCAUAUUUGCAGCAGAGUCGUUGCGAGUAUGUCGAACACCAUAAAUAUAUAGAGUUUAUAUUUAUUCAAAAGUUUCCCAUUAGUUGCAUGUUUAUACAUAUAUUACAGAUGCCAUUAACUGCUGUAAAGCAACUUGUAAAUAGUAUGACAUCUGUUAGGGCAAUUCUACAGCUGUUUAGCAAAUCUGUAGGGUUGGUUUGUCAGUCGCAUAUCUUUUACUUGUGACUGUGUUGCCAUUGCCAGUAAUAACACAUUCAGAAUUUUCACUCUUGUGCCGGCUCUAUGUGAUACUUGUUACCAUGUUCAUUGUGAGCUGCAUGGCAUUAGCCAUUGAUUUCGUGCUCUUAGUGUUUGUGAAUAUACUCGGAUGUGCCUUGAAACAAAUGGACAACAUCGCCAUAAUUAUGUGGUUGCUUGAACAUAGUGUAGCACUUGUUGACAGCACUUCAAGAAAUCGUUAUAUUGAUACAAGGGCUGUUCUAAAAGUACUCAGGAACACACUGGCUGGCUUUAAGAGAGGUCUACUGCUCCGCCACUUUAGGGUGCCUGUUGUAUGUGUAAUGAGCUAAUGUGCAAGUUUUCGUUGGUGAAUAUAGCAACAUUCAUUCGCAUUGUGUGGUAUUUAAAUAGCAGUGUGCUGAUGCUGUUUCGUCUUCACAGUUGAAGGAAUAAAGAAUGUGCAUGAGGUUUUGUUUACAUCUGGAAAAGACCAUUAUGGAAACAUGCCAAAACAAGCAUUUAGAGAGGAAGCCACGGGCCAUAGCUGAAGUAAUGAGUGGUUUAAGUGAUUGAAGGCAAGGAGAACAUCUGUAGAGGAAGCCGAACACUUCAGAUGCCUUUCCACAGGGACCACUGAUGCAGGCAAGGCAGGAGUUGGUGAAAGGAUUCAUUAACAUUGUCACGUAACCCUUUGCGAGCUUUCUGUAGUUCUUGACCUGUCAUAUGGGACCUGCCAUAAAUCUUUGACGUCUGAAUUGGGAAUUCACCAGAAUCGCACCAAAAUUUAAGCUUCGUCUAGUAAUGACCGAACAAAAGGAGUGAGUGCAGUCAUGAAUCUAGGAAAUAGAUAAAGCUGUGUGUGCACGUACAUGGUUGUGCAUGCAUGCAUGGAAAUACACACACAAAUACUCAUGCAGUGCAUCACGCGCCAAAGUGAAACAGUAUCGGCAUACCAUUGCAAGAGAACAUGAUGUGAAUGAAUGCUGUUGUCCUCGCCAACAGCAACAACCAAAACAAGUGCUUCCAGAUUAGCUUAUAUUACUCGUACUGUAGAGAUGGAGUAGCGCACCACUCUCCGUCGCUGCAGGGCAGCAUGUUUCCAGGUACUUUUGGAACACUCCUUGCACAGUUUUAAUUAAUGCAGAGAUUAGCUUCCUACAGGAAUAUUUUAUUUCUGACCAAAUGCACUGGAAUUUGUGCAUGCAAUGCUCGUGUUUGAACAAGGUUCAUUUGGCUCGGGGCGUUAAUACCUCUAGGCUACCGUGCCUUGGAUAGUGUACAGAAGUUCUAACUGCACUUUCAGUGGAUCUGCAGUUAGUAUAUUUACUUACAGCCUUUACAAUAUAAUGUUGCUGUUACACUCGUGUCCCUAUGGAGCUCUUUAUUGUGGGAAUACUACAGUAGAACCUCGUUCAUACGUUUUGGGAAAAAAAAAAUGAAAAAAACUUGCCAACCCUUCCCCUACCGGAAAAUAGGGGUAAGCGAAGCUUGUCCUGGGUGCACCUAAACUAACCAUGAUGCGACGGCUGCGAUGGAGAGAACGACAUCACUGACAGUAUGCCCGCAGUCCGCCAUUGUCGCUUGCGUUCGAUGUCUCGAGUUUGCUCGGCGACGUGGUAAGCAGCAUCCACCCGCCAUUUCCGCUUGCAAUUCUUCGAAAUUAAAUUGCUUCAAAACUAAAUGUGUCCGUUACGUAAGACAAUGAAUGGCUCAUACCCCCCUAAACACAGUCUCUCCAUUACGAUGACAGAAGAGAAGUGAAAUUCUACGCUGGAAAGAUUACAAUAAGAUGGCGAGUUGGGCUACUUGGUUGACGUUCAUAUUUGACUUAGAUUGAAGUGCACUGUAGAAACGGACACAGAAACAGGAUACAAUGUCCUGUCUACUUCUUUUCUGUGUCCGUGUCUACAGUGCGCGUCAAUCUAAGCCAAAUAUGGAAUGAUUAGUGGCAACACAGCCAGCUAUGGAUGCAGACAACGAUGACGAAGUGGGAGCGGUGGCACGAGCACAUGCCGAGCACGAGCGCGAACCAAGGGGCGCCAAUGAGCCAUCUGCGGAAGAAGACGACGACAACGCUCAAGCCAAUGCUGAUGUUAGUUUUUUACAUACAUGGACGCCACCAAAAUCUGUGCCUUAUAACAAGCUUUGCUUGAAAAACAUACUAACCGAGAAAACGUACGAUUCGAAGUAAGAUAAUUUCACUAGCUCAACUGUAGUUGACAUCUGCGUAAUUGGAAGCGUCGCGCGAAUCGUUGCGGCACAAGAUGCCGAUGCGCGUCGAUCUGGUGGGGCUCCGGCAGCUCGAGACGCGUUUUAUUGUUUUCAUAUUGCGUAGUGUAGAAACCGAAUUCGAAAUUGAGCUGGGGGGCGACGUCGGAUGCUGCCGGAGUGAAACGUGAUGCUCGCAUCGCGCCGCCUGCAGCAGGGAAAGGAGGCGCGUUUUGGUUAUCGCCUACUAACCCCUUCAGACACGGCGUCCACAUUUGUGGACGUGACCUAUUUUUGCCAUUUCUGUGCAGUGAUAGCAAGGAAUGGAGCACAAACGUUAAGCUCAGGGUAAAUUGAACAUUCUGCUAACUUAUACUACUUGCAUUUUACUUCCGAGUGAUAUUUAUCGUUACAAAGUACCGCUUUGGUGAAGGCACUACCGUGUUUUACGUGACGUGGGACAUGUCGGUGGCAACCUCAAAAAAUUUUUUUUCUUUCUUGAAAUCCUUGUGGCCAAUAAAUAACUUGUGCAUGUAAUUCAAGGGGUGAUUCAGUCCUUUUUAAGAAGAAAUGUAGCAUGAUUGACUUUACAGUAUUCAAAUAUUCAGUUACUCUAAUUAUGACUCAUCGUCAAAUGCACAAAGAGUCAUUCUACCAUCCAAAUUUGGUUUUAGUGCAGUCUCAAGCACCCUGGCAUAAAAUUAUGUAUGUUUCACACGUGUCGACAGUCGAUCAUAAUUCAGGUCUGGAAAGGUGAAUAUAACAUGGAAGCAUGGAGUAUGCUUCCGACAGCAUUACACUCCACGCGCUGUAAAACAAAUAGGUGGAGAUGCUUAUCGUAAUAGGGUUGGCAGAAAUGGCCGUGAAUGCGGCAUGCGACGACCCGGGAGGAAAUUUGCUGGUACCGGAAUAAGAAACUGAGUGCACGCCGGCGUUUUCACGCGGGACGGGCGGACGAGUAUUGCCGCGGCGGGCAGCUACUGUUCUCGACCGCGUGUGCCUCGCGGAUUUUCUUGUUUACAUGGGAUCUAAUGGCCGGAAAACGUUUCAUACGAUUGCAGGUUUGGUGAUGUACUGAAGGUUGGUGCUGAAAGGUCGUGUUUUCCGCGAACGUAUGAACCGGUAAAAAUAAUCGUAGCUCAAUUGGAUAAUUUUUAUGUUCACGAUUGUGAACGUUGGUGCCAGGAAAUAGUACGUAAAGGAUUGUAUCAACGAGGUUCUACUGUACAUACAUUACUGCCGCAUGCUCGGAUGUUUGUACAAACAAUGAACAAGUGUUCUUCAGGUUAAAGUAAUAAAGAUUUGGUUAUUAUCACAAUG